AUGCCGCCCCUGAUGAACUCGGCCGACGCAGCAGGCGCUGUCGCGCUCUUCGCGGCGAUCCGAGCGCCGAAUAACGGCGGCGGCGGCGGCGGCGGCGGCGACGGCGAAGAGAUUACGCCGGUGAAGCGGCGCUGGUACGAAAAUUUGGAGAGAAAGCUGGGCGCUACUUCACGCGUGUUGAUUGCGCUGAAAACGAAUUUGCGCGUACUGGCCGCGCCCCCUCUGGAGAAGCACGCAACUCAGCGAGCAGCGAUGCCCCCUCCGGCCUUCCAGCUGUCUGCGGCCACUGGAGUCCCAGAGGAGCUGCCGAUCGCCCAUGUUCCGCUGGAAACAGCCAACCCGUAUGGGUUGCGCGGUCUGCACGAGGUGCCGGGGGUGCGUCUGCCGCUGCAGACGGCGAGCUACGCGUCGUCGCCGAGCCCGCCGCUGCACGGGCACGGGCACGGGCACGCCGUGCUCAUGUACUCGGCGUCCGGGCACGCGGGCGACGCCGUGACGCUGCAGCUGAGCGAGCUGGACGCGAGCUCGGGCGACAAGCUGGCCGGCGUGCUGGCGCGCCUCGCCGGCUCCGAGGACGCGACGCUCUCCAUCAGCCUGCAGGACGCCGCCGGCGAGCUGUCCGCGCUUGCCGACGGCGCCGCCAUCGACGUCCUGCUCGGCGCCUCCUCGCUGCACGCCGCCAACGCCGGUAACGGCGGCGCGACGGCGACGUUCGACCUGUUCGACUCGGAGAGCGCGCACGACCUGACGCUGUCGCCGCAGACGUUCACGAGCUCCACCGAGGCGUUCAUCAACGACAACUCGGACAGCCUGGGGGUGCCGGGGGACACCGACACAGUGGGCAGCUCCGAGGACGCCAAGGCGGCCACGCCCGACUCCAGCAAGCUGGCCGUGAAGAAGGCGCGCCCCAAGGCAUCGUCGCCCAACCGCCAGGGGCCGCAGCAGUGCCAGGUGUGCGGGAAGGUGUUUGGCAACGCGUCGGCGCUGGCCAAGCACAAGCUGACGCACAGCGACGAGCGGAAGUACGUCUGCGGCAUGUGCGGGAAGGCGUUCAAGCGCCAGGACCACCUGAACGGCCACAUGCUGACGCAUCGGAACAAGAAGCCGUACGAGUGCAAGGCGGAGGGCUGCGGCAAGAGCUACUGCGACGCGCGCUCGCUGCGCCGGCACACGGAGAACCACCACACGUCGGGCAGCGGGGGCGGCGGCGCCAGCGCGGCGGCGGCGUCCCCGGCCGCCAGCUCGUCCUCCUCGUGCAUCCAGUACGCGCCGCCCCCCGCCACCACCUCCGCGUCGCCCGCCGCCGGCAGCACCUCCGCCCCCGCCAAGGGCGGCGGCAGCCAGCUGCAGCAGCUGCUCGCCUCCGACCCGGCCUCCUCGUCCACUCCUCGGCCCACGACGCCCGCCACCAACUCGUCGUCUUCCGCCACGUCCUCCAAGGCGACGAGCAGCUCGUCGGGCAACGACGGCCUGACGAAGCAGCAGCUGGAGCUGAUCCAGCAGAUCAUGGAGCAGACGCAGCAGCAGCACGCGGCGGCGCAGAAGCAGCAGCAGCAGGCCAAGCAGGAGGCGGCGGCUGCCAAGACCCGCUCCUGGGCGGCGCAGGUAGGCUGCUGGCCGUGCAUGCGCGCGCCACCGCGCUCUCUCCCUCCCACCGACUGGUGCAGAGGACGAAGCCGGACCCCAAACUUGACCUGGCGCGACGGCAAUCCUAAGUCGAUUAUCUAUCGGGUGAUCAAAAAGUCACUAUAA